CCCGUCCCUUCUCCGAGAACCGCAUCAGCCUGGUUUCACUUUUCCCUCCGAAGCAUCGUCAUCCUUUCCUCAGCAGCCCUGAAGGCUGACGUGUCCCUAAUAAGUGCUUCCCGGCCCAGCAGCCGCCAUGCGAGAGCCCCUUUCCGGAAGGGAGAAGCCCGUUUUUGAAAUCCACCAACCAAGGAGGCGGGCCUCGCCCUCCCUCUCCUACCAGGGCCCACACGGCCCAGCCCUGGAUCCUGAGCACUGGGGACUCCAGCCGGAAUCGCCACCGCCCCGCACCCCGCUUACCUGGAAAACCCGCGUCCACGCUCCGGCCUCGUUCUGCUCACGCCUCACAGGAAAGGAAGGAACGCCCCGGAUGUAGGAACUGAGCCUGAGCGACCGCGCUGCGGCCCAAUAGGCAGCGGGCGGCGACGGCCGUGCGUCUCCAGACUCGACCGGCAAGCGCCAACCGACGGCCCGAGGGGCGGGGCGGAGGGGUGUGGGCCCGGGGACCGCGGCGUACGGCGGGCCGGUCGCUGGUUGUCAGGACAGUCACCGCCGGAGUGGUGCGAGGGUACGUCCCUUGGUCUGAGACGUCCGGGGCCGCGUAAAGAUGAGAGCACAGAGGACGCAGGGCCGCUGGAAGCGCAGGUAACGGAGCCGGAGUGCGGUGGGGCCGCGACAGGCUUCUUCCGGGACCCGUGCUGAAUGGAGAGGACCGAGGCGACGCCGUGCCGCGGCUCCUAGCGGCGGGGCCGGUGCCCGAGCUGCAGCUGCCAGGCGACGAUGUGUGGAGCCCGGGCGGCGCGGGGGAGCUGAGAGCCUUCGGGCCCCAGGACCCCCGGGGCCCGGGAUGAGUUAGCGAGGACAGCCGCGGGGGCCAGUUCCGACUGCUGCAGGCCACGGCCGCCGCCCGCCCGCCCCUUCCGCGCCGGAGCCUCUAGCUCCUUUCCGCGCCCGUCUGCCUGCCUGCGCUCCUGGCGCCGGAGACCAUGAGGUUCCGUAUCUACAAGCGGAAGGUGCUGAUCUUGACGCUCGUGGUGGCCGCUUGCGGCUUCGUCCUCUGGAGCAGCAAUGGGCGACAAAGGAAGAACGAGGCCCUCGCCCCGCCGCUGUUGGACGCCGAGCCCGCGCGGGGUGCAGGCGCCCGGGCCGGGGACCAUCCCGCCGUGUCCGUGGGCAUCCGCCGGGGCUCCAACGAGUCGGCGGCUCCGCUAGUCGCGGCGGCCCCGCACCCCGAGGUGGACAACCUGACGCUGCGGUACCGGUCCUUAGUGUACCAGCUGAACUUUGACCAGACGGUGAGGAAUGUAGGUAAGGCCGGCUCCUGGGCCCCCCGAGAGCUGGUGCUGGUGGUCCAGGUGCACAACCGGCCUGAAUACCUCAAACUGCUGCUGGACUCACUUCGAAAAGCCCAGGGAAUCGACAACGUCUUCGUUAUCUUUAGCCAUGACUUUUGGUCGACCGAGAUCAAUCAGCUGAUUGCUGGCGUGGAUUUCUGUCCGGUUCUGCAGGUGUUCUUUCCUUUUAGUAUUCAGUUGUACCCCAACGAGUUUCCGGGCACUGACCCCAGAGAUUGCCCCAGAGACGUGGAGAAGAAUGCAGCUUUGCAGAUGGGAUGCAUUAAUGCUGAAUAUCCCGACUCCUUCGGCCAUUAUAGAGAGGCCAAAUUCUCCCAAACCAAACACCACUGGUGGUGGAAGCUGCAUUUUGUAUGGGAGAGGAUCAAAGUCCUUCGAGACUAUGCUGGCCUCAUACUUUUCCUAGAAGAGGAUCACUACUUAGCCCCUGACUUUUACCAUGUCUUCAAAAAGAUGUGGCAAUUAAAGCAGCAAGAGUGUCCUGAGUGUGAUGUUCUCUCCCUGGGGACCUAUACUGCCAUUCGCAGUUUCUAUGGCGUUGCUGACAAGGUAGAUGUGAAAACGUGGAAAUCCACAGAGCACAAUAUGGGUCUGGCCUUGACCCGGGAUGCCUAUCAGAAGCUGAUUGAGUGCACAGAUACUUUCUGUACUUACGAUGAUUAUAACUGGGACUGGACCCUUCAGUAUUUGACUGUAUCUUGCCUUCCAAAAUUCUGGAAAGUGCUGGUUCCUCAAGUUCCUAGGAUUUUUCAUGCUGGAGACUGUGGUAUGCACCACCAAAAAACCUGUAGACCAUCCACCCAGAGUGCCCAAAUUGAGUCACUCUUAAAUAAUAACAAACAGUACCUGUUUCCAGAAACUCUAACUAUCAGUGAGAAGUUUAUGGCAGCCCUUUCCCCACCUAGGAAAAAUGGAGGGUGGGGAGAUAUUAGGGACCAUGAACUCUGUAAAAGUUAUAGAAGACUGCAGUAAAAAAAUCACAAUUACAAAAGCAAAAGUAGUGACAGUCUUCUAUUUUUGAUAUUUGUCCAAACAGAAUAUACAAUUGAAUAAAAGGGUUUAGGAACUGGUUUCUGCUUUAGUACAACAACAACAGAAUUCUCGUAAAAGGUGUCCCAAUAUAGUAAUCUUUUCCUUUUAUGUCUGAUUAAGAUGUAAAACAAGUUUUCAUUUUGAGAAUUGGGUUUUAAAGCUCAAUGUGUAUCUGCUAAAGGUAAUCAUUAUUGUUAAUUGAUAAGAAAGAAGAGGAGAAAUUUUAUUUAAAUUGCAUCUAUUAAUCUUUUUAUCCGGAACUUUGUACACUUUUCCACGUUCAAGACUUCUUUUAAGUACAACAGAAUUUAUUUAAAAUUGUCAUAUUAGUAAAAAGUAUUACAAUCAAAUUGUUAAGAGUAUUAAUGGAACAAGCCCAGCUUCACUCUUGACACAGUUACUAGGAAGGGAUUGCUUCACUGGUUUUAUAACUGGAAAGUUAUGUUAAACACCCUGUCAGAACAGAGUCAUUUUCAGUAUUAAAGAUUCCUGUAUUAUUGUGUUAAGAUUUGCCGUGCUUUGGAACCUUCAUAGAACACACUUUCUUUUGGAAUGUAUUUGAUUGAUAAGAAAGUUUAAACACUGUUUUCACCUCAAUGUAGAAAUACAGUGGUUUUUUUUUUUCUUUUAGUGCUGCCAAAAUAAAAUACUCAUUUUUGCA